GCCUUGUUCACGACCACCUCAGCCACCGGUCGUAUCUUGGUACCUACGUCUGCUACUUCCUCGUCUUCGCCUACGGUCCACUCUAUUGACCUCGGAGUGUCGGGCUUGCUGCAAAAAUCUGUUGCUCGCAGACCCGGAUUAUCGCCAGCAGCAUCUGCACUUGCUGGGUCUCCAGUGAUGAACACCUCGACCGACCCUCUCGUAGCUCUGCGGGGUGCUAUCAAAGCCCAGAGCAACAUAACAUACAGCGAUGGCUCGAAUUCUACUAGCUCACUUGCAUCUGCCACGCACAUCGUUCUCUCUCCUACAUCCUCCUUCCCGAAGUCCACUUUGACCAGACUGCGCAAGCCCGGCGCGUCCUCCGUAAACCCCACCCCGUCACCACGAACCUUCUUCACAUUACAGGCUGUGUAUCUAGCAUGGCUACUCCGAAAGUCCUCCGUUGCGGAGUACGUGAAGCAAGCGAGGGAGCACGGGCUGACUGUAGGCUUCGUGAGCGUCACGGAGCGGAAGAACGUGGUGGAUUGGUUGGAAGGGAAGACUAGUGAGCUCGAUGGAUUGGUACCACUAGCAACUGACUCUACAACACCUCCGGGCACACCACCGAAGCACAGAGGAACCGUUGCUCUACCAGCAACACCCUUCCCAUCACACAGCGGCGACCAUUCUAGCCCGCUGAAGCGGCGUUAUGUCGCCGACAUAGGGGACAUCGAAGCCGUCAAGAAAAUCAAGGCGAAUGAAAUUGAGCUUCUGGACAGAACGAGUGUUCUCCGAGGGAUAAAGUCUAACAACUUCUCUGGAGUGAGUCAGGCAAUGGCAGACAAGCUCAAGAAGCUCCGAGACGCAAGCAAGAGCGGCACGCCGGCGAUGUCCGCACCAUCAACACCAGAUCCCAAAAUGCACGCACGAAAACAAAAGCAUCAAUAUCCAAUUAUCAUUAUCUCAUCAUCGCCCACCGCUCUCAUCACCAUGCACAACGUGAAGCGCUUCCUGCAAGACGCCGUCUUUGAGCCAUCGCAGGAAGCACGGGCGCGUGCAGCAGCAGAAGGCAACGCCCGUCCCGAAGACAUGAUACCCAUUUACCGGAAGCGGACGGCAAUAGACUCUUCUGGCCGCGAGACAGAGACACAAGCCCGGUACUUCGUUGUGGAUGGCACGGAGGCAUUGGCGAAGUUCGGUGCCGAUGCAUGGGACCGUGUGGUGUGCGUCAUGACGACUGGCCAGGCAUGGCAAUUCAAGCCGUACAAGUGGAACGAGCCCAAGACACUCUUCCAUCAUGUGAAAGGAUUCUACAUGACCUGGGCGAACGACCCUCCGAACCACAAGAUACAGGACUGGAACGUUACCGAGCUAAAGAUCGAUCAGCACAGACGACACAUCGACAAGUCCGUGGUCGCGCACUUCUGGAAGACCUUAGACACAUGGACAAUGACCAACAAGCCGUGGCUCAUGCAAGGCUGAGUUGUGUACUAUCUCAUCCCUGCUGUAUCUCUGCUGUCGCGUGUUGUAUGCUAUGUGACCCAGUUGACGAGCUGACAGCACGACAGU